AUGUCGCACAUAGGCUCACACUAUUCCAAUGAAGUGGACACAAGCAAUUGUUAUAUCAUUCCAGCAUCUAACGAGAAGAAAACUGAGACAGACACCAGCCUGAAUCAGGAGAAGAUGCCUCAGAUGCACGGGGGCCACGAGGCCGUGCACAUGGAGAUGGUCUUCUUCUCUGACCUGAUCACCAUGCAGGUGAUGCUGGAGACAGAGGCAGAACCACUCUUACAAUCUCCGGUGUCAGCUCUGAAACAGUAUGUCACUGUAGCAGCGAGUGUGGACGCCGUGACCCAGCUGGUGGCCUUGCUGCAGAUGUGGGCUGUCCCUUUGUACUUGACAGUGAAGCUCUCUUUACUACUGGUGGCAGUUUCUAUGUGUGGAAUGUUCUACAUUCUUACUAGGGACAUCCUCUUCAGAGCUACCUGGGAACUGCUUUUGGGGCAAACACUUCAGUUGGUCUACAAAAGCUUUCUUCUAAUCUAUAAGAUCAGCUAUACGUUUGGUGUAGUGGGUUAUUUGGCCAUUGUGUUUACAAUAUGUGGAUUCACUCUAAUAUUCAAAAUCAAAUCUAGAGAUUUCCUGGAUUUGGGGAUUGGAACCUUGUUCCACAGCCUUUACUAUGGAAUAAUAGAGUGAGACCUCACUGAGAUCUGUUCAGACUAUGUGGCAUCUACUAUGGGGUAUUUCCUCGGUGUCAGCAGGAUGCCCACCAGGUGUCUGUCAGGCAGUAUCUGGGCAAUCUGUGGACAGAAGAUCUUUGUGGCACUUGAAGAAGGACUCACCGAAAGCACCUACUAGCUGUGAGGUAGCCACAACUUUCAUGAAUUCCGCAUCUGAGGCUGGUGUAUUGUCAGGAAGAAGCAUCCUGAAUGCAAAGAGAAGGUUGAUCUGAAGAGGAUGCUCAGCAACCCAUAUCCAGAAAAUGUGUGUUGUCUCUAA